AUGCCAUCGGUGCCAAUUCGACGCCAUAGUCUCGUAGGAUGGAUCCUUGCCAAGAAAGGAAUUGUCGAUGACAAGGCCAAAAAGGUCGGUUCAUCAUCACCCACGCUUUGUCACCGAACAGAAGACUGAUCUACAUGCGAGUUUCAUCUAACAGAUCUUAAACAAACGUCAGUUCCUGAUACCACCACUGUGGCGUCCCUCAAACCUCGGAAGGUCGCUAAUCGCCAAUUUUUCACAGUCAAUGUUUCCCUCUUCACUCCUGCUCUCCUCUUCUCCAAAGUCGCCUUCUCCCUCACGCCGGACAAGCUCGCGGACCUCAUCAUCAUUCCGAUCGGGUUCGUCAUCUGCACCGUUUUCUCCGCCGGCGUCGCGUUCGCCAUCGCCAAGGUGUUUCGACUCAAAAAGGCGCAGAGGAACUUUGCGAUCGCGUGUACCAUGUUCCAAAAUUCCAACUCGCUGCCCGUUAGUUUCCAGUUUCCGUCGCGCUGAUCGGUGUGGGGCGCUUCCCGUGCCCUUGGAACGAGGUUCUGACCUGACUCGAUUGUAUCACACCAGAUCGCUUUGAUGCAGUCCCUGAUUGGGGAAAAGAUGCCUUUGAGAUGGGGGCCCCACGACACCAAGGACCAGAUGCUCGGUCGAGCCUUAUCCUACCUCGUCCUGUUCUCAACCCUCGGCAUCAUCGUCCGAUGGUCAUUCGGAGUGCGGUUGUUGACCUCCGCGGAGACUGAGCAGGACGAGCUUGAAUCGGUGGAUGAGGAGGACGGUGAGGAAAUCGAUGACCUCGAUGUUUCGCCCGACCUCGAUGCGACAUCGCCCUUGUUGGACUCGGACGAAUACCGCUCCAAGCAUCGCAGGAGAACGGCGAGUGGAUUGUUGUCGAGCAACGGCAAGCACGCAGGCAACAAACCUUCCCAUUUGGGCAACGGGAUCGAAAAUGGGAUCGAAGGAGCUGGAGCAUGGGCUCAGUCUCAGGCCGAAGGGAGGGGUCACGGAUCGAGGACUUCGAGUGGGGAUUCAUUCGAGGGCGACGCUGGAGGAUCGAUCAAGUCCAAGAACGGCAACGGAGCUGCCAAGAACGGCAUUUUGCUUGUUAAGGAGCCAGAAGAGCUGCCUUCCUCCGCGCCCCUCAAGGUAGAUCCCAAUGCUACGCCGCGACCGAACAAGAAGCGCACCGCCGAUCGUAUUUUUAUGAGUUUCCCCAAUACGCCGAUCCCUUCGCAAUACGGGAGUGAGGUCGACGACGAGGAUCGGGAGUACUCGGAUGAUGAUGAAGAGGACCAGGAGAUGAGGGAGUGGGGACCCAGGAGUCCGGCUCCGGCUAGGGGAGAUCGCGAUGGGUGGUUCGAGGGAGAGCGGGCGCAAGCUGUUCGACGCACGUUUGCAAAGGUGUGGAGACCGAUCAAGAGGUUUGGGAUCAAGAUUGGCGCAUUCGUGAGUGCGCUUGGGGGGGGGGGGGGGGGGCUCUUGCUCGUGUACGUGUGCUGACUACUCGAUCGAGGGUGUUUGCAGAUGACUGUACCGUUGUGGGCCGCGUUGCUCUCGCUCGUCGUGGCCUGCAUCCCUCCACUUCAGUGGGCUCUGAACGAAGCCAAGCCCUUGAAAUCGUGAGCAGGGCACCUUGACAUCUGGCCGACAUGUCACGCCCAAACUGAUGCCGAUCAUGUGGUGUGCAAUAGAGCGAUCAGAAACGCCGGCAAUUGCUCCGUCCCGAUCACGCUCGUCACCCUCGGCGCCUACUUCUACCGCCCCUCUGCACCCACCUCGCCUUCAGACCCCAAGCUAACUUUCUGGGAGCGCCUCAAUCCAUUCCGUAAAUUGACCGCGGCCGAACGUCGUGAACGUCGAAGAACGUCAAGUCCCGGAGAAACGCGGACCGUGCUCGUUGCGGUCCUCAGUCGGAUGAUCAUCGUCCCUGCCUUGCUGAUCCCGAUCUUUGGGUAUUACGCGGCUAUGACGGUCAACGUCGCGGACGAUCCCAUCUUUGUCGUUGUCGCUUGCCUUCUCAUUGGGUUCGUCUACCGUUGUUUUGAGUUUUCGGCGAAGCACGAGGUUGCAGGCUGACGUUUGAUUCGACAUCUAUACAGGAGUCCAACGGCCAUCACCUUGGCGCAAAUCACGUCCAGCGCUUCGGGCGAAACGUUCGAGAAACUCAUUUCGAGAACCUUGUUCGUUUCAUAUGCCAUCAUGACGUGAGUGGUCUUUUUUCCGUAGAGGCCGAUCUCGGCGAAUCACGGGAGCUGAUAGAGUCUUUUUUGCACUGUUCUGCCAGCCCUCCUUGUACGAUCGCGUUGGUGCUCGCUGCGUUGCGCAUUGAUCAGAAUCAGCAGUAA